UGAACACCAGAAUCUAACUCCCCAAAGCAAACAUCAAAGUUCGUUAGAAUAGCCGGACGCUGCUGCAGCUCCGCUGUUGACUGCGACCAUGCUCGCUGCGUUGCUCCGGCGCUAAUGGAAGGAGGACCCUCGCUAUCUAAUCAUGGACGCUGUUGCAGCUCUGUUGUUGAAACGAUGCCACUGCACUUUCUUCUUCUAUCUUCGCUGUUGUUUGCACAAGGUUGGCCUUAGUGGCUCUGGCGCUUCCCUGUCAAGUUGGUGUCUCUGCUAAUGGGAGGAGUUCUCCUUGGCUUCUCUGCAUUGAUGAGUUUCCUGAGCUUGGCUGAAGAUUCCCUGUCUUCAUUAGAUUUGUUAUCGUGUGAGCUGAGCUUGCCCUGAUUUUUCUUGCAGUUCCAUCACCCCUGUUUUGCUGUGCUCUGAGAACGCUGCAUCUGUGUUGAUCUCGAGGCAUUCUUUGGGCGGUGGCCUCCACUUUACUGGUAUGCUUCCUCUUUUAACUGCCUUUGAUUCUAUUUGCUCUGUGGUAUCCUUGGCUUUCUUGUACUCUAGCUUGGAUUAUAGUGCUUAGAGGCUCUGCUUUUAGAUUGUGAAAUAUUGCUGCAUUUCUCGUCUUCCAUAUAGCCCAGAUCAUGUGCCCCAUGCUGCUCCAUCUCUCAUCCCUCUCUUCUUUGCUCCCUUCCUUGAUAAUACUUUCUGCUUGCAUUAGCUAUUCCCAUCUUGAAGGACGAAUGCUAUUUCAACUUGAUCAUUUAUCUUCCUUAUUGUUGGUAUCUUGAGAGUAUCAUAAUAAAAAAUGCUAUUCGUACACUAAAAUUAGCCACCAAAAUCAGCCACCAAUGUAUUUGUAUAUAAAUACAUGUAUAGUUUUAUUUAUUUUCAAUGUGUAUUUAUAUUCUAACAUAUUUUAUACUAGUAGCUGACUUUGGUGACUGAUUUUGGUGUACACGUAGCAUAGUCGUAUCAUAAUAGAAUAUCUUCAUUCAUUGCUAUUAAAAAAAUAAAAACAAAAUUAACGAAAGAGUGGCAUCCAUCUCUGAUUGCUACCUACUUUGUUUUCUCGUGUUUAUCAAGGAAGGAAAAAAAUAAAUACAAAUCAUGUCAAAAACAUCUACGUAUUGAUUUAAAGAGUGACAAGGAUAUAGCAAAGAAUAGACAAAUUUGAUAUACAUUUUUUUCCAUGCGUAUUUGGUACUCCUGGAAUAAUUAGAAACGGAGAGAGAAUAGCUCAAAGACUUUUAAGAUAAGCAUUGGAGACUAAAACUUUACCACACAUACUCAAGACUCUUGGAACGUAAAUGUUGGUUUGAUUGAUUAUUCCAUUAUCAUGAUUAUGUAUAUAUAAUGUGGUUGAGUGAGUGGAGUGAAAGCCAUUAACAAAUUAAAUAUCAUCAAUUAUAGCUAUUUAUAUUCCACUGAAAAUGGGAAUUAGAUACCAAAAUGUUGCUGCAUGCGCAACAAUGGUACUUGUGAUGGUAAUGGCUGAAAUUGCAGACAUUUGUGCAAAUUCAAGUACUCUCCUCCACUCUCCGUGUCUUGAAAGAGAGAGGCAAGCUCUUGUGAAGUUCAAAGCAUCCCUGACUGAUUCAUCAAACAUGCUUUCCUCAUGGCAUGGCGAUGACUGCUGCCGAUGGAAAGGGAUAGGUUGUGAUAAUGUUACUGGUCAUGUUGUCAUGCUUGAUCUUACCACUCCUUAUGUGAAAUGCCGGAGACCUAUGUGGGAAGGAGAAUAUUGGUUAAGAAGUGAUGAUGAGGACAACUGUGACCUUUUAGGCUAUCAACAUUUAGAAGCUGGGAAUGUUAAUUCAUCGCUGCUGGAACUGGAAUACUUGACUCAUUUGGACUUGAGUGGAAAUGACUUCUAUCGGAGUCCCAUACCCAUGUUCAUUGGUUCUAUGCAACGCCUGAGGUAUUUGUCCCUCUCUGAAGCUGGUUUUGGCGGGAGAAUACCCAGCAAUCUUGGAAAUCUCUCAAACCUCCACUUUCUUCGUCUGAGUUUUAAUGGAUUUUCACCAGACAGCAAUAUCAAUUGGAUUUCUCAACUGUCAUUGCUGGAGCACCUCGACAUGAACCAGGCUUACGAUGGAGUUCAGGUUAAUAUUACUAAUCUCACCAUCAGUGCUCCUAAACUUCAAUUCCUAAGUCUUGCCGACAUUGGAUUUAGUGUGUCAAAUUUGGAUGCUUUACAAAACACGACAUCUCUUGUGUAUCUUGAUCUUCGUUGGAACCAUCUUUUUUCAAUUCCAUCUUGGUUUGGCAACUUCAAGAAACUUGAGUAUAUUGAUCUUUCAGGGUGUGGGAUUUAUGGCCCAAUUCCAAAUGCUUUCCAAAAUGCAACUUUCAUUGAAUUUUUAUACCUUUCUGGGAACAAUUUUGACUCUCUUCCAUCCUGGUUUCACAAGUUUGAGAAACUCAAGCAUCUUUUUCUCUCAUAUAAUAACUUCCACGGUACAAUUCCAGUUGCUUUACAAAAUAUGACUACCAUCGAGUCCCUUGGCCUUUCUAGCAACUCUUUGACUUCAGUUCCAUCUUGGUUUAUUGAGUUAAAGAAACUUGUCUACCUCGAUCUUUCAUUUAAUAAAUUAAAAUCUAGGGAAUGCUCCAUUUCAUCCAUUUUGGAAAGCAUGUGUCACCUAAAAAGGUUAUAUAUAGCAGGAAAUAGACUCCGUAAAGAAUCUAUUGGAAACAAUGAUUUAUCUACCUGCAUUGGACAUGAUUUAGAGAUUCUUGACUUGAGUGAAAAUGAAUUUAAUGAUCAUUUACCAUCUUGGUUAGGACAACUUGAAAAUCUAGGCAAUCUUGAUCUCCAAGAUAAUUUUUUCUAUGGUCCCAUUCCCUCUACUUUUGGAAAAUUACUGAAAUUGAAAAUUUUAUAUCUAUCAAACAACAAGUUAGAAGGGGACCUUCCUGAUUUCAUGGGACAAUUUGUAAAUUUACAUGUAGUCGAUCUUUCAAAUAAUUCAUUUAAUGGAACCAUUACUCAAAAUCUUGAGCAACUUGUAAAUUUACAACAUUUUGAUGUAUCAAAGAAUUAUCUAACGGGAUCCAUUCCUCCGAGUCUUGGUCAACUUAUAAAUCUAACUAAACUUGAUUUGUCAAUUAAUAAUUUAAAAGGAAUUAUCCCUACAAGUCUUAACCAGCUUGUAAAUCUUAAUUGGCUUGAUCUUUCAAGGAAUAAACUAGAUGGGAGAGUUUGUAUUGAUUUUCAAAAACUUGUGAAUCUAUCAUCCCUGGAUCUGUCUUCAAACCAUUUGAAUGGACCCAUUCCAGGGGAAAAAAGUUGGUCUUUGUUUAUAUCAGAAAUGUGGUAUUUGAAUAUCUCCCAUAAUCAAAUCAGUGGCUCACUUCCUGAACAUAUUGGUCAUAUAAUGCCCAAUUUGAAUAACUUGCUUCUGGGAAAUAACCUCAUAAGUGGUUCAAUUCCAAAAUCAUUGUGUCAAGUUGAUUUGAGUAUCCUUGACCUUUCAAAGAAUAGACUAUCUGGUGAAAUUCCCAAUUGUUGGAAGGAUAACAUGGCAUGGGAAGAAAUAAAUUUGUCAUUCAACAAACUCUCAGGAGCUGUUCCAAGCUCAUUUGGGAGUCUUUCCACUCUGUCAUGGUUGCAUUUGAACAAUAACAACUUUCAUGGAGAGUUUCUAGCAUCUAUGAGAAAUUUGCCACAGUUGUUGAUUAUGGAUCUCGGAGAGAAUCAACUUUCUGGCACCAUCCCAUCAUGGAGUGCGAGCACAUUUUCUUCACUACAAGUCCUAAGAUUGAGGCAAAACAUGUUGAAUGGUGGCAUUCCUUCACAGCUAUGCAAAUUAUCAUCACUUAAAAUUCUGGACCUUUCUUGCAACAAUUUAAAUGGUCCAAUACCUUGGUGCAUAGGCAAUCUUCGAGGAAUGACUCUUGAGUCUCCUACUUCACCUGUUGCCGAGGCUCCCACUUUGCCUCCUACUUCCCCUUUUGUUGAGGGUCCCAAUUUGUCUCCUGCUUCAUCUACUCCAAGUCCCGCUUUCUCCGCUCCUCCAAGUCCCGCGGCUUCUUCUCCAAUAGAUUGGCAAACUGAGGAUGUGAUAGAAGUCAUGAAAGGAAGAGAACUUGACUAUAUAAGAAUAUUGAAGCUUGUAGUCAUCAUGGACUUGUCCCAAAAUCAUUUGGUUGGCUCCUUUCCAAAAGGAAUAACGUUGCUCGAUGGAUUGCAUAGCCUGAAUCUAUCAAACAAUCAUUUGAUCGGAAAUAUCCCUAACAUGAUAGGGGAUAUGAGAUCACUUGAAUCCUUUGAUGUUUCAACUAACCAAUUGUCGGGCACAAUUCCAAGCAGCAUCUCAGCUUUAACAUCACUGAGUCAUUUAAACUUGUCACACAAUAACUUCUCUGGACCAAUUCCCACAGAUAACCAGUUUUUAACUUAUGAUCCAUCCAGUUAUGCUGACAACCCAUAUCUCUGUGGAUUUCUUCUACCCAACAAAUGUGGUUAUUCACAUCAAGUUAAUGGGACCACUGAAUUUGAAGAUGAAGACAGCAACUUAGAUAAGUUGGAAAAGUGGUUGUUCUACUUUGUGAUUGCAAUUGGCUUUGCAACUGGGUUUUGGGGAGUUAUUGGGACUUUGUGGUUCAAGAAAACUUGGAGGCAUGCUUACUUCAGAUGGGUGGAAGAUUUAGCCGACGAUCUAUGUCACAACUGCAAUAAGAAUGGCAAAAUUGAAGAAGUUGAUGAUGAUGAGAAACCGUGUUGUUGUUUGAUCACGUGUGUGUUUUUAUUUUUAUUUUGAAGAAUCAAACGUGGUAAUAAAUUAAAGAAAGUGAAACAUGUUUGAUGUAUAUGUAUGUAUAUGUACGAAUUUGAAAUAGAGAUUGUCAUUUGAUGUUUAAUCUCCUGAAAGAGCCUCUGCAUAAAACAGAACAACAUAUGUAACAAAGUCAUUAAACAAUAUAUUUAAAUUUAAUAAAUUAUAGGUUCUUAGAAUUUUAUCAAAUUUUCAAUAAAAAUCUCUAUAUUUUAAAAGUUUAUAAUUAGCUUCUCAUGUUAGAUUCAAAAAUUUUUGAUUAGAUUCCUAAUAAUUAACA